AUGAGUCUUAAAGCGAUAACAGGAAUAUUCAUUGCUGCUGCCGUUGUAAAAGGUCUAGAAGAAAUUUACAGCACACUCAGUGGAAAAGAACAUGAUACCCAAAUGGCACUUAACACGGAUGGUAAUCUCAGGCAUCGCGGGAAAUCUAACAGAAAUAAUGAAAUGAUGAAUAUCAUUCAUGGUAUACAUGUCAUAUUUGAACAGCCAUUUGCACUCAUCGUUGGUUUUUUCUUAGUAGUGCUCUUGGUUUUUACAGCAUUAUGUUUCGUUCCUUUAUUUUCCCAGCAAUCAAAUGCUGUGUCGAUUCUAUAUUCAAUCGUGUUCAUUGCUACUCUCAGCAUUAUGGAUCGUGUCAAUCAAAAAAGCACUAGUUACAUCGACAUUUUAAAUUCGAUAGCUUAA